GCUGGGGUGGUUUAAGCAGAGCUGUGAUGACAUCUGAUUUCUGUUGGGAAGACAUUGCCAUUAUUGCCCUCAUUUUAUAGCUGAGGAAACAAGACCCAGAACCAUAGCCAGGGAGUGAUUCCUAAGGUGGCUUCUCCCUCUGGGGCCCAGAGAGAGAGGCUAUAGAUUCCUUAGGAGUUCCCCGGUGAGUGGCCAAAGCCCAACACUGAGGACUAUCUUCUCCACACCCCUGCUCCCCAGACCCGGGCCCGCGUUCAAGUUCUGGCUCUGCCAUUUACCAGCUGUGACCUCAGGCAAGUGGCCCCACCUCUCCAUGCCUCAGUUUUCUCAGCUGUAAAAUGGUCAUAAUAGUAGUAUCUACCUUAUAGUGUAGGUGUGAGGAUUAAAUGUGUUAACACAUAUAAAGAGCUUAGAACAAAUGCCAGGUACAAAGAAAGCACUUGGAAAAGGUCUUACCCAUUUAAUAAAAAUUGUCACUGUUGUCUUGCUUUUACUACUGUUAGACCCUAACUGAGCACAACCACUCCCCCUAAUGCUUCCCCAUUGUUGCCUUAGUAGAGGGCUAGGCAGGGACCCAGCAGGCUGCCUUAUCCCCCUAAAAUCAGGGCCCAGGGGCUGGAAGUGGCUUCAGGGCUGACUCACUCCCAGGUGGAGGAGAGCUGUUCCUUGAGUCGCUUCCUGUCCCCUCAUGCCCUCCACCCCAACCCUGGUGCAGCCCCUACCAGGCACAGACAUGGAAGUGGGCCCUCUUUGACCUCCCUGGGGCUCAGGUCAGAGCCCAGUGCGCAAUUACUUCUCUGGGCCUCAGAAUCCCAGUGGAAACUGGCUUAAUCAAAUGUCCCACCUGAAGUGACAUAAUAGAGCUUGGGCUGGCAGAAGAGACAAUCACCUCCCUCCUAGGAGUUCCUUCCUGCAGGACUACAGUCUCCUCAUCUGUAAAAUGGGGAUGAAAUAGUUCCUCCCUCCCAGGGCGGUCCAGAGAUUUAAAUAAGUACAGUGUCUGGCACUCAAAAAUUCUAGUUAUUAUUUCUAUUAUUGCUGUUCUUACUAAUGUUUACAGCUUGCACAAAGCUUCUACAGGCACUCUCAAGCUCUAAGAACUCACACUGACCUGGCCUGGAAGGUAGGACUUUCCUUUAUUGACAGAAUGGAAGGCCAGAGAGGUCCAGCAACCUGCCUGGGGACACACAGCUAGAAAGGAGUGGCAUUAAUUAAGGCUUGAUCUGGGGGAAAGUGCCCAGGUUGGACUCUCCAGGGUGACUUUGGCAACUGACUCAGCCUGUCCUAGCCUCAGUUUUCCAUUAGUCAAAUGGGGAUAAUAAUAGAGCUCCCCUUGUAGGGGUUGUUGGGAAGAUUAAAAUGGGUUAAUUAACACCAGGAAAAGUUAAUACAUUAACUGCUGGUCAUUGUGGCUGUGGGAAGGGGGACUCAGUUUUUCCAUCUCCAAGAUGGGUCCGGUUGCCUGAGCUGUCCACUAAGACUCUGUGUGCCAGAUGUGCGGGCCAGCGCAGCUGUGGGAUAGGUGGGCCUGGCUCUCGGAAGAACUUCCUGGGGUCGGUCGGGGGCGGCUGGGAUCGGGUCCCGGCCGCCGCCUGGCUUUCGUUCUCCCUUUUCGAGUAAUACCUGGGCCGGCCGCCGGAAGUUGCGCAAACGCGUGUUACCUGAGCCCAGGUGGGCCGGGCCGGAGCAGCGCAGAGCGGCGGCAAGGGCGCAGCCAGCCGUUGCGGUGUCCAGCUGCCAGCUUUCCGCCUGGAUCUCUGUCUCCUCAUUUCUCCAGUCUCCUCAGACAGAAGCCCUCGGGGUAUGUAACAGCCAUGCCUGUGGACACGCUGACUCCGGGAGCCCGAGACACCCCCGCCCUACCUUUCCGCCUACAGACCAAGGUCCCCGGCUACCAGCUACAGCGGCCAGCAGACUGUGGAGCCCGGAAACCUAGUGCUGUAGAGCGCCUGGAGGCCGACAAGGCCAAGUAUGUCAAGAGCCUGCAUGUGGCCAAUACCCGCCAGGAACCUGUGCAGCCCCUGCUGUGCAAACAACCACUCUUCAGCCCUGGAACUCGCCGCACGGUGCUCACGCCUUGCCGCCGAGUCCUGCCUGGCCCCGGCCGCCGGCCCCAGCUGGACCUGGACAUCCUGAGCAGCCUCAUCAACUUGUGUGAUAGUCCUGUGUCCCCUGCUGAGGCCAGCCGUACUCCCGGACGGUCAGAGGGGGCCCGCCAGGCUCCCCCAGCCACCCCCCCACGCCCACCACCCAGUAUUGCUGCAGUCCGCCGAGUGGAUGUCCUUCCCCUGCCGGCGUCACCUGCCCAGCCCUGCCCAUCACCAGGCACUGCCGCCACCUCUAGCCCGGCCCGGCCCCCAGGUUUGCAACGCUCCAAGUCAGACCUGAGUGAGCGCUUCUCCCGGGCAGCAGCUGACCUGGAGAGAUUUUUUAACUUCUGCGGCCUGGACCAGGAGGAGGCACGGGGAUUGGGUGUGGCCCACCUAGCCCGGGCCAACUCAGACAUCGUGUCCCUGGCUGGGCCCAGUGCUGGGCCGGCUAGCUCCGAGGGGGGCUGCUCCCGCCGCAGCUCUGCCACCGUCGAGGAGCUGGCUCGGGAGCGCGUCCCCUAUGGUGUGUCAGUGAUAGAGCGCAACGCCCGGGUGAUCAAAUGGCUGUAUGGGUUGCGACAAGCGCGGGAGACUCCAGCAGCUGAGGGCUAGGCCUCCAUGGGACUCGACAUUCGCCACGGGACAGAUCUUAUAGAAGCCAUAGGCCCCUUGACCUCUCCUGCAUCCAUUCCCUGGCUUGGGGCAGACCAGAAGCUGCUGCCUCAUGUGAACUUCCUAUAGAGGCAAAGCCUCAGAGUCUGGACCAGCAUCCGUCUGACAAGGACUGACCCGGAGAGAGUUGGCUCUUGACCUUGGACUACCGCCUACGCCUCACGUGUAGGGUUUUGACAUGGAUGGACCCCUGCUUGUAGGUUUGGAUUUGGGGCACUUAGCCCUUCCUACUGAGAGUGAGGGACCAAGGGAUCUCACCAGAGCUGUCUACCCAGCAGCUCUGUUUCUUUCUUCCUUCCUUGGCCUCUGUCCUUUACUGACUUCCUCUUCCCUUACCCAGCGGGCCUUGGUUCCCUGGGAACUCACCCUGGGGUGGGGGUAGGAAGGAGUGGCCUAUCCACAUUUUUCAAGGAGCGUGCCAGCCUGGGCCUAGGUGGGUAGACUACAGAAAGGACUGGUAGGAGUCUGCACUGCUCUGACUUCCCUCCUCUUGGUUAAUAAACACAAAUGCUUGUUUUUCAA